UGUAUAGCCUAGACUUGUCUGGUCUUAUUUUUUGUAUAAACGAGUGUUCUUUGCGGUCACCAUUCUCGACUUUCCGCAGUAUUAAAUGCAUGCAGAUGUACCAUUGAAGUGACGUGUACUGUGUACGUAUAAACAUGCAGUACAUGUACAUGUACGCGCGCCGCCACAGUAUUUCCACAUUGAUGACGUUUGGCUUGUAUUGUGUAUGCAGCAAGAUAGUGUAGCCGCCGCCGCAGUCGCAGUGCGCGCUGUAAGCACAGCUCAAUAUGUAUGGGACAUUGCAACGAUUAAGUUGGGACUGUUUCUGUAUUAAAGUACAUGGAGUAUCCCUGCAACAUGUUCAUUGCUUCGGCAGGCCAUUUUAAGUUUCCCAGUGCUGUAGGCCUUUGUGUACAUUCUUGCCGAACUCUCAAGGGUUCUUUAAGCCAAGUAGGCCUACUGCCCGUCGGGUAAACGGUUCAAAUUGUUUUUUUUUUUUUAUAACUGUGUUAAUUACUAUCAUCGCGUGUGAUUGUUUACAGUAUGCAAUGCAUGUAGGCCUACUUCUUUUUUUCUUUUAGCAGGGGUUUGUUUUAAUUACGUUUCACUCGGAAUCAACUGAUGAAUGAAGGUCAGAUUUCAGAGAGGGUACUUCUUGUGGUUUUGCUGUGUCCUACUCUCGGUGCACACGCUGUGCCAGAAACCCCCACAGGCACGCCCCCAUCAUGAAACUUCAUUAUGAUAGAUUUUCUGAAUAAAGAAUGUCCACCUCUGUAUAGGAUAGUAUUAAAACAGCAGUAGGUUUGAUGUGUAAAAAUUAUUCAUAAUCAGUUUUCUGGGGCACUGAAGAUAAAUCAGCAUAUCGUGCGGUUACUCUUAGAAGUGCCCUCGUGAAGGCAAUAGGCCCCUAUUAUUUUGGAUAUUGUCCAAAUGAAUUAAUUGAGGUGGUUCCCUGUCAGUCGAGAGCAUGGACAACCACAGUUGGUAACCAGUGAAAAUAAAAUUAAACGGAUGAAGGAAUUUUCAACGAGCUGCAUUUAUGACCGUCGACUUAUAAAAUUUAAUUCUCCAUAGACAUAUGGUGUGUGGUUGCCGUUAAAUAUGUAGAAAAAAUUAAAACACGUCGAUGGGUGCAGUGCACUUGUAUCGGCAUAAUAUAUCAUUUACAUAAUUUGGCCGGUCAUUGAUUACUCCUCGAUCGGAGUAACUCACAGUUUUGGCCAUUAUGAAAUGUUGUACGCAAAGUGGUAGACUCACUCUUCCUCAGCCAACUCCGGUUAUUCUGCAAACUUUACUUAACGUUUACUUUCCCACACCGAUACGUCGACUUCCACUGCUACAGACAUCGUGCUUUCAGACUUGUUGAUUGAAACUGACUGGACAUUUGCAAGCAAUAUGGACGCUAUUUCAACUUGCUUGGUGUUCGUUGGCCUGUUGGGUUGUCUUGUUGGUUUUUCUGCUGGGAGUGAUUCCGCAUUGUGUACGUGUAAGCAUCAACUGAAACAAAUCGUAACCGGACCGAAGCAUGUUUGGGUUGUGAACACCAACAACGAAAUCUUCAGUCGACAAUUGAACAGUGCAACCAGCCAUGGAGAGUGGGUUAAACAGUGGUCCAACAAGACGGCCAUUUCUGUCAGCCCCAACGGUUACAUUUGGGCGCUAGGUUCUAACUAUAAGCAUGUGUAUCUUAGAGAAGGAAUAACUGAUAACCAACCUGAGGGUGUAAGCUGGAAAUCGGUUGGGUCCUUGGAAGUGGAUAAAUUUGCCGUGGGGAAAUCCGGUCUCUGGGCGGUACAGAUCUUUUGGUCUGGACAGAGGCUGUAUUAUCGAGUAGGCUCGUAUGGUGAUUCAGGUAAUCAUGGUACUUGGUGGUAUGAAUACACCUUUAGUCCCAAAAUGAAGUUUACUGUCAAGAUAAUUGUAGGUCCAAACGAGGUUUGGUUUCUUGACACAUUGGGUCAAAUCUUCAGGCUGCCUGUGUUUGGUGACAGGGCCAUCGGCUCCUGGCAGCUGUACGAGCAAAGUCAUGAAAACCCACCGAGUUCCCAGAUGAUCAAAGGGAUUGCCAUAUCUCCAGCAGGGAACAUGUGGGCAAUAUGGUUUAUUCACAAAGUGAGCCGAAAAGCUGGCUCAAUGUCCGAAUGGAUCCAGGACGAUGACCGGCUGGACUUGAUAGAUAUUUCGGCGGGAAAGAUUGGAGUUUGGGGCACUGAUGGACAUCAUGUUUACUAUCGAUCAGGAACGUACGGUGAUGAGUAUGAAACAACUUCGCUCACUGGUUUCUGGGACCUCUUAAAACAUCCUUAGACGUUUUGGUCCACUUUAUAUAAAAGUUUGAAGUAUUUUAAGACCAGGGCUUUACAUAUUAUUCAGGGUCCCAUUGACUAUUUUGUACCACCUGUAUCAACAGAGAAUCGACAGAGCGAAUAAAAAUGGCGAUGAGAAAUUAUUGGGCCAAUUUUAAACACCAUCUAAUUGCUCACCCUGCCUUUUUGAGAACAUACAAAAGUUUGGAUAGCUAUGGAGGUGAAAGGAUUUUUAAAGGCUUAUUUGGAAAACGUAUGGAAACAAAUAGACUUGAAUCUUAAAAGCAUCCACUUCAAUGUAAUAAUCUUGAGAGAUCGAAAAGACUCAGAUACUGCCUAUGUAAUUCGGUUCUAUUUAUGUUGACGAAACAACCGACCCAGUGUAAAACUUUCUGUUAGCUCCAGUACAAACGGAAAAUAUUGUAUUCAAUGAUGUUUUAAUUAAUUUUAAAGAGUGUCAGGUAUUGGAGUUUGGGAAAAAUUUAAUUUGGUAUUAUAAAUUGAAAAUUAAAGAAAAAUAGAUUGAGGGAUUUUCAGCGAACUCCUUUCGUGGUCGUUGUCUCAUUACAUUUAAGUCCCCGCUUUUAUUGGUAUCUCUUAAAUGACAGUACUUUUGACAGACUGUCACGUGCAUCAUCCAGUUUUCGUGACGCAUAUCAGCAGCUUUUUUGUAGACAGUUUGAUCAACACGCGCGCAAUCACAGAACUUUGGUGAACUUGUACCUGAUGGCGUUGGAUACGUAUCCGUCAUUUUCCUAUGAAGAUGGC